ACCAUGACUUCUGAGAAAGGUCCUUCAACUGGUGACGCCACCCUGAGGAGAAGAAUUGAGCCCUGGGAAUUUGAUGUCUUCUUUGACCCCAGAGAACUCCGUAAAGAGGCCUGUCUGCUCUAUGAAAUCACAUGGGGCACAAGCCAUAAGAUCUGGCGAAACUCAGGCAAAAACACCACCAAUCAUGUUGAAGUUAAUUUUAUAGCAAAAUUUACUUCUGAGAGACAUUUUCAUUCAUCCAUCAGCUGCUCCAUCACCUGGUUCUUGUCCUGGAGUCCCUGCUGGGAAUGCUGCAAGGCUAUAAGAGAAUUUUUGAGUCAACACCCUAGUGUGACUCUGGUUAUUUAUGUAGCACGGCUUUUUCAGCACAUGGACCAACAAAACCGGCAAGGACUCAGGGACCUCAUUAACAGCGGUGUAACUAUCCAGAUUAUGAGAUUCUCAGAGUAUUGUCACUGCUGGAGGAAUUUUGUCAACUACCCACCUGGGGAAGAAGCUCACUGGCCAAGAUACCCAUCUCUGUGGAUGAUGCUGUACGCUCUGGAACUCCACUGCAUAAUUCUUAGUCUUCCACCCUGUUUAAAGAUUUCAAGAAGAUGUCAAAAACAGCUUACAUUUUUCAGACUUGCUCUUCAAAAUUGCCAUUACCAAACAAUACCGCCCAACAUCCUUUUAUCUACAGGGUUAAUACAACCUUCUGUGACCUGGAGAUGA